AUGGCCGACAGUUCGUGCUGCGGGUUGUGGAGAAGGGUGCGCGGGCGCCUGUGUCACCGGCGGCAUCGUGUGGCGCCUGAGAGGACCAAUGGCAGAGCUAGUAGGAGCCGAGAGUCCCGUCGUCGCAUCAACCAUCCUCCGCCAGCGCACUACAGUGCCUUCAGCGAAAAGAUGCGCGUGAGCACGCCCGCGGGGCUCCAAUGUGCACUGUUUUGCGGCGGUGCCCGCUGCCCCUACGAGCGACCCGCGCCACAGUCUGCCCUGCAGGGACUAUACUCCGAUUGGAUCACCGACGACAUUUUGGCGAUGGCACGCCCCAGCACCGCCGGCAUCGCCGCCAGGAAUAUCAUACAGCAAUUCCACAGCUGGGGUAUCCGGACGGUGAUAAAUCUGCAGACACCCGGCGAACACGCGAGCUGCGGCCCGCCCCUCACCAGUUCUGGCUUCACCUAUGACCCGAACAUCUUCAUGGCCAACGACAUCUACUACUACAACUUUGCCUGGCCAGACUACGGCGAAGCCAGCCUCAGCGGGCUGCUGGAUAUGGCCAAGGUGCUCUCAUUCGCGCUGCAGGAGGGCAGGGUGGCCAUACAUUGCCAUGCAGGUCUUGGUCGCACAGGUGUGUUGAUAGCGUGCUACCUCGUUUACUCACUGCGCGUGCGCGCCAACGACGCCAUUAGACUCGUGCGCAAGAAACGACCUAGAUCUGUGCAGACUUCGGGACAGAUACUGUGUGUACAGCAGUUUGAACACUAUCUACUACCACAGACGGUUGUCUUUAGCUCCAAGGAGUCGGUAAUGCUGACGAAAGAUAAGAAGACGGCGGAGUUUACAAUACGACAGUACCUGUACCGGCAGCGGGCGACCCUCCACGGGCUUGACGAAAGGGCUUUUAAAGAACUUCCAAAGAUAGUAUACUGUCUCUGCGAGCGCCUUCUCAAGCUCAGCGGCUGCCACCAGAGCGUGGGUCUGGACCUCCGCGUCAAGAACAGGCCUUUCUACAAGUCCUUCCUGUCUUACCGGCUUCGGCAGGUGCGGGCGCCGGAUCCCACCACUCCGGAUGAACUCCCUACAGAUCAAGUGCCAACGUUACCCAUGAUAGAAUGGAGGGAUCCCGUGGAAGAGGACCUCGAGAGGAACUUGGAGACGGUCACCAGGAUCACGGGAGCCACCAGCGGGACCAUACCGGCCUUACACGUUUAUGAGGCGUUUGUAGUAGACCACCACAGUCUUCCAGAAGAACGACAGAAGUAUUUGAAGCAGAUGCGCAUAGACAUCAAUCAGAGGAGAGAAGCCAUCGAGAAAAUAGACGAAGAGGAGGACCCAGCAGUACUAAGUGGGCUACUCUUCGAGUGGCUAGAAGGGUUGAAGCAGCCCGUUCUAGAUCGAGAGGAUGUGACGCUAAUCGUAGGACGAGGACAGGAUGUCGAAGCCUGCAUAGUGGCUAUGCAUAAUGAAGACGUGAUCCUCCUCGAGUACCUCCUCCGCUUCGUGACCCGCCUACGCCCUCUAGCGGCCAACAAAAAAGUCGACAUCAUAAAACGCCUCAUCGCCUCGCUCACACACCAAACUGUGGCCGUUAACGGCCGUUGUCUUCCCACCAAGCGCGACUACCCGCGGCUCCGCGACGGCACCGCUAGUCAGAUCGUGAACUUUAUGUUGAGAUUCGUUGUGGAGUUGCAGAAAGAUAUGGCUAAGCCUGGGAAAGAUGAUAGGGAUGUCGUUGUGCCUGUGCGGCGCCCAAUAAAAGCGUGGAAAUAA